UAUAGGGGGAGCGGAGGAGGAGGAGGAAGAAGAAGAGGGAGGUGUUUUGAUCUGCUGCUGCUGGAGAAAUCCACUCCAGACAGAUACAUUUCCUCCUCUCCAGAUCGACCAGGAGGCAGCUUUAAAACCUCCAGCCCACAAAGUUUCCUUCUGCUCUCCACGCUGACUUUGACAUCAGAGAGGAGCAAGCUCUCCAGACUCUGAAGGCUCAUCCUUUUGUUCUCUGAAUUCCCUUUGAUGUCUCCUGAGACUUCUUAAGGACCCCCAGAGGAAACUGUGCAUCUGCAGGUCAGAUGUUUGUGAUUUGGGGUCUACAUUUAGUUUGAUAUUCAGGGAUCUUUCUUGGAGUACGUUUGGUCUGUUUCCUCCCAGCCUGCGUUGUACUUUCAUUGGAGAAAUGAGGGCUGAGGUGCUGGUCGUCUGGGCAGCUGUGACCCUGUGCUGCGCUCUGGUGUGUGCUCGAGAAGAUGUCAAGGAAAUCAAAGUCUCCAGGGACCAGAUUCAGGUGCAAGAAACCCGAGGACUGGUCAUGCCCAUGAGACAGGGGGAAGAAGGAGGUGUUGAAAUGUCAGAUGAUCCUGCUGAGGUGGUGGAAGAGGAGACCAAAAAACCAAAGAAAAAGAAAACACCCGAGGAAAUUGAGGCAGCCAAGGCAAAGAAAGCAGCAGAGAAGAAAGCCAAGGCAAAGAAGCAGAAAGCUCCUAAACCAACCAAAAAGCCAAAAGCACCAAAACCCACCAAAAAACCCAAAGCACCAAAACCCACAAAGAAGCCAAAGGCCCCCAAAGGCACCAAGAAGCUAAAGAUGACGACCACGGUGCAGCCGGACACCGGGUCACCCUCUGUGGACGAGGAGGAGGAGGAGAGGCUGCUGAUUGGACUGGGCUGGGGAACAGUGAAACGACCUGCUGUGACCCCAACGACGCCUGCAGAGGCAGAGCCAGAGGAGCCGGGCCUGGAUGUGCGGCCUGUUGGAUAUCCUGAUGACAAAAAAGCCACAACUACUGAGGUCAUCAUGUUUAUACCAGAGGAAACCACCGGUGUCCCAUUUGUCGUCCCCUGGUAUGAAGAGUAUGAUUACGCUGACUUGGCUGCUAAGAGACAAGAAGAAGAGGAGGAUAAGGCUCGCAAAGAAAAGGCAGAAAAAGCUGAGCGGCUGAGGAAGAAGUGGGAGGAGGAAGAGGAGGAGCGACUGAAGCAGAUUUCAGAGCCUGUGGAACCAAAAAAGUGUCCUCCUCUUGGCCUGGAGUCUCACCGGGUGGAGGACGACCAGCUGCUGGCGUCCUCUCAGUCUCACUACGGCUUCACGGCUCAGAGGGGACGACUCAACAUGCAGGGCUCUGAUAAUGAGGACGAUCUGUUCGGAGGUGCGUGGUGCGCGGAGCCGGAAGAGAAGGCCCACUGGUUUGAGGUGGAUGCCCGCCGAGAGGUGGAGUUCACUGCGGUCAUCACUCAGGGAAGAAACUCAGACCAACUGGAGGAUUUCGUCUCCUCCUACUUUGUGUCCUUCAGUAACGACAGCCGUGACUGGACUAUACUUCAUGAUGGCUACGCUGAAUGGUUGUUCUAUGGGAAUGUGGAUAAGGACACGCCGGUGCUGAGUCAGUUUUCUACGCCCGUGGUGGCGCGGUACAUCCGCAUUCUGCCGCAGAGCUGGAACGGCAGCUUGUGUCUCAGAGCGGAGGUCCUGGCCUGCCAACUACCCAGUCAGUAUCACAGAAAACAUACGACAACACCACUGACCUUAUCUGUUAUCAGGAGCAGCUACCGCAGUGAGAAUGAAGUGAACUCCUCAGACGAAUUGGACUUCAGACACCACAACUACAAGGACAUGAGACAGAUGAUGAAGGUGAUCAACGAAGAGUGUCCUAACAUCACCAGGAUCUACAACAUUGGUAAAAGCUCUCAGGGCCUAAAGAUGUACGCCAUGGAGAUCUCUGACAACCCAGGAGAGCACGAGACAGGUGAGCCUGAAUUUCGGUACACAGCUGGUCUCCAUGGUAACGAGGCGCUGGGUCGUGAGCUUCUUCUCCUGCUGAUGCAGUUCCUGUGCAAGGAGUACAAUGAUGACAACCCCAGAGUGCGCCGCCUGGUGGACGGAGUGAGAAUACACCUGGUGCCUUCACUCAACCCUGAUGCUUACGAACUGGCCUACGAGAUGGGCUCAGAGAUGGGGAAUUGGGCGUUGGGCCACUGGACCGAAGAAGGUUACGACAUCUUCAAGAAUUUCCCAGACCUCAACAGCAUUCUCUGGGGAGCUGAGGACAGAGGCUGGGUACCUCGUAUCGUGCCGAAUCAUCACAUUCCCCACACAGAAAACGUCCUCAAUGGCUCUUUUGCUACUGAAACAAAAUCCAUCAUUACCUGGAUGCAGCGUACCCCAUUUGUGCUGGGAGCAAAUUUGCAAGCAGGAGAAAAAAUGGUCGCCUACCCGUUUGACAUGCAGCGUCAACCAAUUUCUUCUACGGAUAGCCGAUGGAGUGAUAACUCUAACAUGAAUGAGGAGACGUGGGCUCGCAUUCAGCGGCAGAACGAGGGGUCUCUGAGAGAGACGCCAGAUGACGCCAUGUUCAGAUGGUUGGCCAUGUCAUACGCCCACAGCCAUGUGACCAUGACGGAGACAUACCGAGGCUCAUGCCAUGGUGAUGAUGUCACUGGGGGUCAAGGCAUCACCAACAGAGCCAACUGGGAUCCAGUGGUGGGCAGUAUGAAUGACUUCAGCUACCUGCACACCAACUGCUUCGAGCUGUCCAUCUUCCUGGGCUGUGACAAGUUUCCCCAUGAGAGUGAACUGCCUCUGGAGUGGGAGAACAAUCGUGAGGCUCUGUUGUCCUUCAUCGAACAAGUAAAUCGUGGAAUAAAGGGUGUAGUGAGAGACGUGGAGGGAGGUCCGCUGCCUAAUGCCACUAUAUCUGUGGAGGGAAUACGCCAUGAUGUCAGAACUGCUUUAGGUGGUGAUUACUGGCGUCUGUUGAAUCCUGGAGAGUACAGAGUGACGGCCAGAGCUGACGGCUACACCCCUCAGACCAGAAUAUGUAUGGUGGGCUACGACGUUGGAGCCACUUCAUGCAGCUUCGUCUUAGCCAAAUCAAACUGGGACCGCAUCAAACAAAUCAUGAAGCUCCACGGCAAGAGGCCCAUCCGACUUGUCCCCAAAGUAACUGUGGUGAGAACGACUACAGCGCCAAGCCCUGUGGCCACCACCGUCGACGAUCACGCCAGACUCCAGAAGGCAGAGCGACUCAGGCGGCUCAAGAUCUUGCGUUUACGCCGUCUGCGUCUGCAGAGGUUACGAGGCGGUCUCAAUACCAUACCUACUCCAACAACCACAACCACAACAACAACGACGACGACAACGACCACAACUACAGCCCCCACAACAGAACCUAAGACCGAGAGAACCACUUCCUGGUAUGACUCCUGGUUUCCGGACAGUUGGAUGACAGAGAAUCCAUUCGAUAGCGUUAACUUUGACUUGGCACCCACACAGGACUAUCCUUUCGAAUACACUAUUGAUUGAUUUCUACAUUCAGUGACACAACAUCCAUGUAAAACCUUACUAACCACUUCUGAUUGCUGCAUCCUCACAGCUUUAAAAACACAGAACACACAAGUUAUUUAGCGCUCAAAAUACUGAAUUCGGGGAACAUUGUGAGCGGAGACUUUUAGGGAAUGUCCGUAAUACAAAUUAGUUUUGGGAAAUUUUCAUACAGAGAAUUGAUCUGGAAUAAAAGAUUGUGCUAAGCAUACACUAUACAGCUCAAUAUAUUUGGCUUUAAUAAAACAAUAAACAUGUCACAACACAAACAGGAAAUAAUUAGGUACCUCUCCAUUUGAAAUGUCUGUAUAUCUUUAUGUUUCUUAAUUGCUUUACAGUAUGAUGGCUUCAGUUCAACUGAUUAAAUGUACUUCUGAAUGCAUUUGAUUAAAACAUUUUUCUAAGUAA